UGAGCAUUGGCUAACGCGAGAAACGGAACAAAGAAAAAAAAUAUACAAAAUAUACAAAAAAGAAGUCGAAAAUCAAAAACCGAAACCGAAAUUGUAUCCACCGCGUUGCUCUUCGGUACGUGUUAAGUUUUUUAAUUAGUAGAAUUUUCAAGUGAAUUGUGUGGCCAAAAUAAACACACAGCAAAAGAGAAAAUAAUUCAGCAAAAAUAAAUAAAUAUACAAAAUAAAAAGGCAAACAAGUGCAGUGACAAAAAAGUUCAGUUAAUGGUGAACCGAAAGCUAAAACAAAAGCUAAAGCCAGACAAAACACAAAGCUGAUUAAAGACAUUUGCUGAAUCGCAAGCGAGUCGAAUGCAAAUGCAAAUCGACGGCGAAUGAAUUGACAAUGACAAAGAGUAUUAAAUGGUCGCCCGCUUUUAGUUGUAACCGCGUUCUCCUUACCUAUGUGAUAUUAGCUUAUACAGUAGCAGCACACAGCUCGCCCCCGCCAUGCGGCCUAUACGGAGCGCCGCCUUGCCAAUUUCUACCGGCGCCACCAGGCCAAACUCCCAGCUGUGCCAGGCCAGGAAAGACAUAUUGCGAGCAUGCUGAUAAUUAUCCCACGUAUCUCAUCAAGAGCCUCGUUCGCAAGUGGGGCUAUGAGGCAGCCACUCUCUUGGUGGAUGAAACCUGGGAGGAUUUCGCGGCUGUGGCGUGGCACGACACCCCCGUCUUUUACGAUCCUAAGUCCAUAUUCCCGCCACGCGAUCCCAAUGGUCAGGACUUUAAUGGUUACAGCUAUCAGACGCCAUUUGGAGGCAGUCCCCAGCGACCAAGUGGCGGUGGUAAUUCUCUAUUUGUCAGCAGUCCAUCGACGGAGGCACCAACGUAUCUCUUGUACACCUCCUCCGGUGGAGGCCAUCGUCCAAAUGGUCGGUACAAUCCCCCAGGAGGCACCUCCUCCUCCUCUGUCGCCGGUGGUUUGUACUUCAAUCAAGGUGGCAAAUCCACGCCGUACAAUGCCACACUUUGGCUCAAGCGUUUGGUGAGGGAUCUAAGUCGAAAGCAGAGGCAGAUCGGUGAGGAAGAAGUAGAGGAGGAAGUGGUAGAGCAGGAGGAUGAGCAAGCGGAGGAGGAGGAGGAACCUGAUCAGGAUCAGGAUCAGGCUCAAGAGCACGUGCAAAGCAAGCGCGACGUCUCGCUCAACAUGGAUCUCUUGGAUAUCGUGAGCGUGGAUGCCCCCAAUCCCUAUAACCAGCUGAAGAAGCGCACCAAGCGCCAAAGUCCCGGCCGUUCCACGCUCUGCCAGACCACGUCGCAGUUCAUCACGCCGCAGGCAGCCCUCAACAGUCGGGGCAACUGGAUGUUCGUGGUCAAUGAGCAGAACACUGCCCGCCAGAUGGUCAAGGCGGAGCUGUGCGCCUCGAACACCUGCUCGAACCUGUGCGAAUUGCCCAACGGCUACAACUCGAGAUGCGAGCAGAAGUUUGUGCAAAAACGCUUAAUUGCGCUCCAGGGCAAUGGGCAGAAUCUGUACACGGACACGUUCUGGUUUCCCAGUUGCUGUGUCUGCACGAUAGCCGCCAAUUAAAUGUGUCUCGUCCAGGAUAUUAUCUUUUUGAAGUCUCCUAUCGCUCUGGACAGGACAUCAUCAUCUCUCUGUCAGCGGCUGGCGAUUUUUGCAAAUUCAUUUCUGAUAACUAAACGAUACACACAACACACCACAAAACACAACAAACCACACACACACACAACAACAACACCACUCUCUCAUGUAGUUACACACACAAACACACACAAUGUAGUUCUUAAAAAUGUAAUUUAAAUCGGAAAACAUCGAGUGAGGCAUGCUAAAUUGGAUUUCAUGCCACGCAAAUCCCUUUCAGUUUUGUUUAGUGGAACUAGCGUUACCCUGUGCGAGCGAUUAAAAUGUAUAUCAAAUAAACAAUGA